AUCUUUGACUUUGGGUGUUAUGUUUUCGUUCGAGUGAAAGAGGUGAAUCUGAACGGGUUAUUAUGAAAACAAAUGUUAUUGUCGUUUCGUGUUACGGGGUGUAGCUGUUAAAUUGUAAACGCGUGGGUGUCCUGAAGGUGGUGCUCAUGCGGUCUAGCUAGUCAUAAACUGAAAAUGGCUGAGGGUGGCACGUCUGCUGAGCCAAAUAAAAUAAAGAUGUCAGCGAAAGAAGAGGACAAAGAAGAGCGCGCAGCAGCAACUGGAAAUAAAGAACAAGUAUUUGAAGGCCCGCAGAUUCCAGAAUGUGCAGUUUGUCUCCAAACGUGUAUACACCCCGCCCAGCUUCCUUGUGGACAUAUCUUCUGCUUUCUUUGUGUAAAGGGUGUUGCCAAUCAGAGCAGAAAAUGUGCAAUGUGCCGUCAGGAAAUUCCACCGGAUUAUUUGGAAAAACCUCAGCUUGUCGAAGUCAGUGGACUAGAAAAGGAGGCUGUUAGCUUCGAUGAUGGGUACCAGUGGUUUUAUGAAGGAAGGAAUGGUUGGUGGCAGUAUGAUGAACGGACCAGUCACGAAUUGGAGACAGCUUAUAAGAAAGGGGAAAGGAUUUGUGAAUUGCUCAUAGCAGGCUUCCUUUAUGUAGCUGAUUUUGAUGACAUGCUGCAAGUUCGACAAAAUGACCCGUCCAGGCGGAGACGUAUAAAACGUGAUCUCGCUACCAUUCCAAAGAAAGGUGUGGCUGGGCUUAGGCUUGGAUCUGGCACAGGAGAAGAUCGCCCAAAGAGUCCCACGCCCCAAUCCCUAACUGCCACAGGACAGAGUGAUGGUGCAACUACACCUGUGCCACCCACAAAUACACCACAGACUCCUGCUGGUGGUGCAACCAGUGGAAGCACCACACCGGACAGACACCUUUCAUUACGACGUGCUAUAGAGCAAAUACGGAUCCUCAGUGUGCGCCACCAUUCUUCGUCAGAGAGCAGUGGUAGUGGGGAUGAAGACUCUGCACUCCCAGAUUUGUCUGCUGCUACUGCUGCCAUAAUUAACUUUUCUUCAAACUCAGAUAGCAGGCUAUAGGUGAAUUUUUGAACUUCAUAGAAUAAUUGUUAAGUUCUUUUUUCUUUCCUAUCUUUAUCUCAUCUGGAACUUGACUGUGAUUGUAAAUGAGCAACGAUUUGCUGUUUGUUAAGAAUACCAUCCCCCUCGUCCCUCCCCCGUCCUGUAGAUAGAUAAAAUACUGUCAAAGGCAAUGCCAGAAAAGAAUGUCUUGUGAUUAGAAACAGUAUUAAACAAGGUAGUGAAUUUGUGUGUUAGCUAUUUAUUUUUGUCUUAUGUCAUAAAGUUUUGAAAUGUCCUUUAGGAGCUACUGGCAGCAUCCAAAUAACAGAGACAUUUUUAUAGAAAGCAUGAGGACAUUUUAGAUUGAUGGUGCCACAUUGUUAUAUACGUAAUUGCCGGUGUAUGUCAAGUGGAUACAAGCUGUAAUUAAUUAUAUAACUUUGAUAGAAAAAGCUGUGAAAUUGUAUUAAUACAUUAUUUUUGUCACAAAUUUUUUGCAAGUGUUGAAAUAUUAAUUGUGCCAGUGCCAUGAGCAUAGAGUUGAUAAGACGUAAUUUCUAGAAAAUAAGGAUAGAUAUGUAUAUGAUGGUUAACAUUUUUUGUUUAACUUAUGUAUAAAGAAUACAACAAAAUUAGACACUACAUGAGAAAAGUAUGAAUAGUACUCUCAUUAUUUAGUUAAUCACUCUUCUCUUUAUUUGGUUAUCCCUUGUUGUCCAGUAUUCAAUAUGAAUGUCAGUUCCAGGUAGUUUUACAGUUCCAGUGAUUAUGAUUACAAUUACUUUUGUCUUUGAAAAUGACAGAUUUCUAACAUUUUAAAUGUAUUUGGAGUGUUACUGUUUAAUUUAGAUAAUGUUGUAACCUUUUCACAUUGUUCUUGAUUUAUUUUGUUAUAAACUCUGUAGGAUGGAAAGUAAUGUCACAUGUGAAAGUUCUGGAAGUUUGUUUAGUGGUAUUAGCAUGAAUUUGUCAUAAGAAUCUCAUUGUAGUACGUGAUCAUUUCUUCCUACUCCUAAAAUAAUUUGGUUAAAUGGUUGUCACAUCAAUUUUUGAGGCAUUAUUUCUGUUCUUUCUUUCCAUGGGCAUCGGAGACCAAAUCAAAAUAUUGUCCUUUAUCUAAUUAAGUAAUGCUUCUCCAGACUCUGUCUAGAUGCAGAGCCUGCAGGGAGACUGCAUUUACUAAUUUAAACACUUAGAUGAAAAAUAAUUUUACGAUAUGUUUAUAAAUUUCAUUUUUUGCUACACUGUUAGAUGCACCCGGUAUGUGAAAUAGAAUACAUAUUUGUAAGUUCAGGAAAUAGAUCUAAAUUGAGCAUGAGAUGAGAUCUUCACUAUUUAAAAUUAUUUGGUGUUGUCUAUAACAAAUUUAAAGUCCUAACUUUCAGAUGCAAGUAAUCUGUAGUAAAGAGAUUUAGCCUUUCAGAGCAAAAUAUAAAUGUGAAGUGUUAAUAGUCCACACCAGAAAACGUUAGGAAUUGAGUGCACCACUCUAAGGCUUUAUUAGCACAUAACUUUUGGAGCAUGAACAAUGAAAGGCCACAAUUACCAGGCAAGGGAAUUGUAACAAGAGCUUAAUAAAAGGAAUCCGUUAUUACAGAAAAUUUGAAAAUUACCUCUUCUGGACAUGGAGAUGGCAUAUUAGGCAAUUACAUGUAGAUCAUUUUCAUCACUUUGUGCUGUUUCCACUACCAAUUUACCCUCAGAUUUUGCCUUUGAAAUUCAUUCCCUAGGCAUUAAUUUAUUUGUUUCUUAAAAACAUGCUUAUUAACACACAGUAUAUCUAUUAAGUUUUAGGUCUAAUCUUGUAAAAAAUAUUUGUUGUAUGGAUAUGAAAAUUUUUUGUGCAGUGAUUUGGAGAUCAUAAAGCUGUUGGUCAUAUGUGCAAGAAUCAUGCUUUGUGGCAAUAUCAUUGCAGUUAAAUGACUUCCUUCUCAGACAGGAGCGACAACUUACGAAGAUGGUUCAAAAAGUAAGAUAACAAGUUCUCAGUAAAAAAGAGUUAUUAAAAAAAAUCAGAGGAGAGACACAAAGUUAUUGACAUAGUCCAAACAGUUGUCUAAACAUUUAUUCUGUUGGUAAACCACUCUGUUAAAACUGUCAGGGUCCUGGUGUAGGGAGCAUCCUGAUUGUCAGCUGCAGCCCUGAACUGUCAAUUGACCAGGUACUUCAACAACCUGAAGAGAUGGAAAUCACUGUGAAAUACAGGGACUAGGGAUCAUGUUCCAAUACAGUCCAUUGGAAAUGCCAGGCCAAAUCACUUGUAACCAAGGUUGUAUACAUUCAGACAAUCUCGUACAACAACAAGACACCUUCCAAAAGCAGUCCCAUUCAUUACCUCCAAAUCAUCUCCUGCAACCAUUCCAUUGUGGCACAAUAAUUAACUGUAGUCGAGUCCUCUUUGAGGGUGGGGAAAUUGGCCAACAACACUUGCUGAUGGAUACUGUUGUUUUGAACAUUUUAUGUGAGAGGGUGGAAUAGAGGGUAAUCUCCAUGACACAGAUGCUUUCUUCAUCUCGGGCAUCACCUAUGCUUUGCCCUGUGUGACAGUAUGGUGCAAUAGUGCAACACUGCCUGCCUGAUACCACAUUAAGUGCUAGCAAGAGAACCACAUUGCUUGGCUUUAUUCUCAACUGAGAGCAGUACCCAAAAAGACCAUAUCUUCCAAUAGUCUAUUCUGUUGUGCAUACUAUCCAUUACAUUCCCAAUAGAGAUGUAGAGUUUUUGUGCAAUCUGCCUCACAUGAAUGCAGUGGAUCAGCUCGAAUCACUCCUUCAAUACUGUACAUAUUGUCAUCUGAGGUGGAUGUGCUUGGUCACCUGGGCCUUUGCUCGUCUCGCACAUCCGUUCUGUCUUUACCAAAUUCCUGGCACCAAAACUAUACGUGUUUUGGUACAUUGCACUUGCUCCAUAAACUUCCACUAGUUGAUGAAGAAUAGCAACAAGAACAUUUUCUUUAACCAAAAACCUUAUUACUCUUUGCAUUCCAUUCACCAACCAUAUAACAAUAUGCCUCCAUUUCGAAACUCUAAUUCAGAGUGCAACAACGCAGUUACUUCCAAUAACUGGUGACUUUUGAAAGCUUUGAUGCCCUCUUGUAUGUAGACUGGAAUUUAAUUUGCGUGAGAUACUUAUACAUCCAUGAGAGCUCUUUUUGCCUAUGUAUUGGACCAUUCUCAUACUUUUUGAAAUUUUUCACUUAAAAUGAGUUGUAUUCUGAUUAUGAGUCUCCCAUGAAAUAUGAUGUCUCCUGUAUGAGUUGGAGAAAACUUCCCAGGACAGAAGAAGGGUAUGUUAAGAUAUGUUUGUGAAGGUACUGUUAGCUCAGAAUCCAAAAAUAGUUUAUUGUGGUUCAGUAGACUACAGAUGCCUCAUGCAUGGAAGUUCUUCAUUGAGUUUCUUCAAAGAAUUCUACAACUCUCAAUAGACUUGGACGAAGUUGAUGAUGAGGCUUAUUUGUAUGGUAGUACUCUCACCAACAAUGGACAGUCAUGAGUGUUUUUACUGUAUUAUGAAUCUCCAGCAGUAUGCAUCAGACAUAACAACUGCUGAUAAUUUUUUGUUGCAGAAGGGUAAAACUACACUUGAAAAAGUAUUUAUUUACUUAAUUUCGAACAUCAAGAAUGCUGGUUGAUUAAUUAUAUAUAUGUAGAUCAUAUAAUAAAUAGUAUUAUGUGGCCUGAGAAAUUGAGGAGAUUCUCCAUCGAGAUGGUAAAGAAAGGAACAUGGAAAACACUGGCAAAGAGACAUAGGACACAUGUUAUGGCAUCAGGGAAUAACUUCGUGGUACCACAGAGGGAACUGUAGAGGAAGACAAAGAGUGGAAUAAAUCCAAUAAAUAAUUGAGGAUGUAGGGAGCAAGUGCUACUUUAUGAUGAAGAGGUUGGCACAAGAGAGGAAUUCGUGGUAGACCACAUCAAACAAACCAGCAGGUUGGUGUCUCGGAAAAAAAUUAAACUGUUAUUUUCCAAACAGAUACAAACAUUUUAAAAUUAUAUAUGUAAGAAUAUGAUGGCCAUGUACAAGAUUCAUUUGAACGACUGACUGAAAUAUCAAUGCAAGGGUGUAAAGCUAAUGAGUGCAUACAAAUGCAAAGGAGUUACUAGUGUGGCAAGAGGAGGGGAAAGGGGGUGUGGGAGUCCACAAUCUCAGAGAAUUUUGUAUGAUUUAGUAAUGUUAUAGGUGUGGAAUCAAAGUGAGAAAGAAUCAUAAUGCUGACACACAGCCCACUCAUCUCAGUGUAUGUUGCUGUGCCUAACACCCCACAGACGCCAAUCACCAGUGUUUUAUGUCUUCUCUCAAAAAUACACUGCCAGAUGGUUUGAAUGAAUUCAGAUUUGAGGAAGAGUCAGAUGAGCAAGAACUGUAAGCUGCCAUCAACUCCCCUCCCUUACCAGCUACAUUGUAAUUACAAAAAUUUGUUCCAUAAUGAGACUUGGAAACAUAGAGAAUGUAUCCUUUCAACAGAUGUAUCCCUCUCAUUCAAGGAUUUGAAUAAACUGCCAUUCCUUUGUAACCUCCUCCAAUCUGCCACUUUUGAACCCGAGGAAGGAACUAAUAUUUCCAGUAGUGGAAAUAGUCAUUUAUACUUUCAUGCUUGUCUUUCAGCAGUACCAAGAUUUUUGCACACUGAGGUAAUUACCAGCCAGCAACUCUGUCAUGUACUUUUAUACUUUUCUCAAGUGAACUCCCUUUUUAUACAAUUUAUUGCGAAUGUCAUUGUACCUUGCUUGUAUUUCCUUGUGUAAUGGGGUAAAUUUUAAUGGACAUGACGAUGACUUAUCAACGAACCUGUUAAACUCAUAAUAAGUACUUCCUUAAUCAGGAGAUCAGUUGCUAUGUGACAGUGGUUAUUAAUCUUUGCCAAGUAACAUUUUAUUGUAGUGCUCUGUUCUGAACUUGGCAUUUAAAUUCUUGCAUCAGCAGAGUAUGUGCUUUUGAGACAAAGCAUGGUGGUAAUUGUUGAGGCAGUGGAUUAUUUUUUUCUCCUAAAUCAGUUAAGUGAAUGUUAUGAUGAUUCAUUUGAAAAGAAUACAGUCAGUUCCCUUCCCCCACCCUUGCCCUGCCUGAGUUUGUGCCCUUCUAUAACAAACCCAUCAAUGACUGGGCAUUAAAUCAUUUCUUCCAUUUAUCACCAGUUUAGAAAAUGAUUCUAUUAUAAUUGGUUAGUUUCUGAGUAUAUUUGCUUUAACCUUUUGAAUCACGUUUCUUUAAACUUCAGCACGGUUACCUAAUUAUCAAUGCUGAAUUGUCACUGUCCAAUCAGGCAUUUGAUUUCUUACAUUAUGUAUGUGUAUCAUUUUUAAUUUUUUGUAUACUCCAUUUACUGAUUCAUUCUUUCAUCUAUAUGAUGACCGAGAUAUGCAAUGUCAGAAAGUCUUACAUAAUUUAAAGUUGCAACACUCUUGUGAAAUAUUGCAUUGGAGUCAGAGUAUGUGCCCUGUGGAUAGUGUUUAUUAAGCACUAUGAAUAAAUGACUGAAUGUGAGGCUACAAUUCAGGAAGUUGUUGGUAUUUAUUUUUCAAUGAGGAGAUCUAAACUGCAAAACAACCUAAUUUGUUAAUACACUGUUCUUGUGUCUGUGUUGUAGUAAAGAAACUGUUAUUCUUGCUAGUUCAAAUACAUGCACAAAAAUCAGUGUAUAACCUGUUUAUGUCUUCCAUCACUGUUAUUUAUCUAUUGAUACUACCUUUCAUAUAAGUAAAAAAUAUGAAAUUUGUCUUUCAGUGUGUCUUCUUUUUUAAGGAAAUAAGUAGUUACUUGUGAAAUGGUAGACUAGUUCAAUUUUCUCCCUGUUGUUAAUUUUAAAUGCAUCAUAAUCAUGACUUGUACAUUAUGCAUGUACAUAAAUCUUUGAUAAUGACUGAACCAUGUGGUAUGAAAUGAGCUUCCUAAAACUGCAACUAGUGUUUUAUAAACAUAAGUGUCCUUUAAAAAUGUGUGCAGCUUCUUC